AUGUAUAAAGAUUUAAUGCCAUUAUAUCCCUAUCCAAGAACCCAAAAGGAAGGUUCAUAUUUUCAGAUAACAUGUACUAUACAGGAGGGAACACCUCCUUAUUUCUUUGAGUGGGCUAUUAAUGGCCAGAAAGUUAAAUCUAGUGCUGAUGUUAACUAUAAGAUUGAAAAUUUCAAKAAAUWCACGACAUUUUCAAUCGAUGAACUCRCCAGAAGUGAUGCCACAAACUAUACGUGUUUUGUGAGGAAUUCACACGCAUUUGACAGCCAGACAACUGUCCUUUCAAUUAAUGAGAUGGGAUCACAUCCACUAUUGUUUGAGUGGUCCAGAAAUGGACAGACACUUAAACCGGGACCGGAUGUCAACUAUAAGAUCGAUAACUUUGAAAUGCACUCUACUUUUACUAUUAAAUAUGUAUCCAUGAGUGAUGUCGGGAAUUAUAGUUGUGUUGUUAACAAUGCUUUCGGAUCCGAUUCUCGCAGUAUUUUACUUACUAUUAAAGCCCUAAAAUUAACACCACUUCUAUCUCCUACACAAAGCUUGGGUUCAUAUUUUCAGAUAACAUGUACUAUACAGGAGGGCACACCUCCUUAUUUCUUUGAGUGGGCUAUUAAUGGCAAAACAGUCAAAUCGGGACCCGAUGUUAAUUAUAAGAUUGAAAAUUAUGAAAUGUUUUCUACAUUUGUGAUUAAAAGCAUUGUCAUAACCGAUGCGGCAAACUAUACGUGUUUUGCCAAAAAUGACAUCCAAUCUGACAUCAAAUCUGCUAUUCUUACCAUUACAGCACCAAAAUUGAUACCAUUAUUGAAUCAAAGAAAUCAAAAGUUGGGAUCAGCUUUUGUAAUAACCUGUUCUCUAGAAGAGGGCUCACACCCACUAUUUUUUGAGUGGUCUAAAAAUGGACAGACAUUGAAAACCAUUUCUGAUAAUAAUUAUGUGAUCAGUAAUUUCAAAAGUCAUUCAACAUUUACCAUUGAAAGUAUCAAUCGUUAUGAUUCCGGUAACUAUACGUGUGUUGUACACAAUGUUAUGGGAAGAGAUAGUCAAUCAGUAUUACUAACUAUUAAAGAGAUGGGAUCACAUCCCCUAUUGUUUGAAUGGUCCAGAAAUGGACAGACACUGAAACCGGGACCGGAUGUCAACUAUAAGAUCGAUAAUUUCAAAAUGCACUCAACAUUUACUAUUGAGUCGAUAUCCAUGAGUGAUGUCGGGAACUAUAGUUGUGUUGUUAGCAAUGCUUUCGGAUCCGAUUCCCGCAGUAUUUUGUUAUCAGUUAAAGCGCUAAAACUAACACCACUUCUAUCUCGUACACAAAGCUUGGGUUCAUAUUUUCAGAUAACAUGUAAUAUAGAAGAGGGAACACCUCCUUAUUUCUUUGAGUGGGCUAUUAAUGGCCAAACAGUCAAACCGGGACCCGAUGUUAACUAUAAGAUUGAAAAUUAUAAAAUGUUUUCAAUGUUUGUUAUUGAAAGCAUUAUAUUAACCGAUGCGGCAAACUAUACGUGUUUUGCUAGAAAUGACAUCCAAUCUGACAUUAAGUCUGCUAUACUUACUAUUACAGCACCAAAAUUGAUGCAAUUAUUGAAUCAAAGAACCCAAAACUUGGGAUCUGUUUUCAAUAUAAUGUGUAGUGUAGAGGAGGGCUCACACCCACUGUUUUUUGAGUGGUCUAAAAAUGGACAGACAUUGAAAGCUACUUCCGAUACUAAUUAUAAUAUAAAUAAUUUGAAAACAUUCUCGACUUUUACCAUUGAAAGCAUAAUACGAGACGAUUUCGGUAACUAUACGUGUGUUGUACACAAUGGUAUGGGAAGGGAUAGUCAAUCGGUUGAACUAACUAUUAAAGCACCCAAAUUAAGUAUUAGGGGAUUGACUCACAAGAAUCAGACAAUUGAAUCCAUUUUUCAAAUGCAUUGCGCUAUAGAAGAGGGAACUCUUCCCGUAUUCUUUGAGUGGCAAAGAAAUGGUCAAACACUCAAAACCAAUGAUAAAACUGAAUAUAAAAUUGAAAAUUCAGAGAUGUCUUCAUUGUUUAAAAUUAAAUCUAUAUCCAUGAGUGAUGUCGGGAACUAUAGUUGUAUUGUAAACAAUGCUUUUGGAUCCGAUUCCCGCAGUAUUUUACUAUCGAUUAAAGGUUUGAUUUAUGAGGGCAAACCUCCCUUUUUCUUUGAGUGGGCUAUUAAUGGCCAAACAGUCAAACCGGGACCCGAUGUUAACUAUAAGAUUGAAAAUUAUGAAAUGUAUUCAACGUUUAUAAUUAAAGCUAUUGUCGUAACCGAUGCGGCAAACUAUACGUGUUUUGCCAAAAAUAAUUUACAAUCUGAUAUCAACGAAAAAUCAGUUCCCAAACUCGAUUCAUUACAUCCUCGACAGUUAACUCAAGGAUCAUAUUUUAGUGUUUAUUGUUCAAUACAAUUGGGAUCACUUCCCAUAUUCUUUGAGUGGACUAAAAAUGGACACAAAUUGAUGUCCACUUCUGAUAGCAAUUAUAAGAUCGAUAGCUCUCAGAGAUCAUCGACUCUUAUCAUUGAAAGUGUUGCCGAAAGCGAUGCCGCAAACUAUACGUGUGGUGUCAACAAUGCUUAUGGAUCUGAUAGUCAAUCGGUUUUAUUAACAAUUAAAGUGAUUYUGAUAUUGUUGAAUUUUCAAUGCUAUUUAUAUGGCAGCGAUAUUUCAGUACCAAAACUUCUACCAUUGAACUCAAGAGUUUUAUCUAAAGAAUCAUAUUUUCAUCAAUUUUGUGCAUUAAAUGAUGGAUCACUUCCUGUAUUUUUUGARUGGACAAGAAAUGGACAGACAAUUAAGUCCAGUCCUGAUGUCAGCUAUAAAAUAGAUAAUUAUGACAGACAUUCAACACUGAUAAUUGCCAGCCUUGCCAUCACUGACAUCGGGAACUAUAGCUGUUCGGCAACUAAUACUAUGGGAACUGACAGUCAAACAUUUCAGCUAUUAGUUAAAGGUUGA